UCAAAGCCUUACUUUUUUAAUUGAGUUCAUAUUUAGUCAUUAUAUUAAUAUUUAUUUUAGUCACUGUCAGAUUACAGAACUAAAGAUAGUCAUUUUUGAAAAUGUUGGAGAUCAAAUAAGAAAAUUUAAAGGGUACUGAUUAAAAGAAAAAAGCUUCAUAUGUUUGCAAGGACAAGAUGAAAUAUGUUUGUGGCGUAUGCCGUUCCUUAUAGCAUCAAUGUUCCGGAUUCAUGUUUGAGACACUUUCUUUCUAAGAUACUGCCUGCUUUGAUUCUUGAGUGAGCUGCUCUUAUGGUCUUGUUUUUAGUUAAAAGACAACUGAAUAAAUUGAUGAGGGUGGAAUGUGGGACUUUUUGUUGUACUACGAUUAUAACUUAAAAUAUGCUCCCAUACAAAUUCAAACCCAUUCCCAUCCCAGCAAAUUAAUGAAUUCAGCACUCUGUUGUGCUAGUAGGCGUCCACAUUAGUUUAACUUUACAACAUAAUGGGGGCAACAAUAGAUCAGGUCAUGCUAUUAUAUUUUUAAAAAGUAAUCAUGAUCGUAACCUAAGCACCGUAGAUUUAAAUAAUAAAAAUGGUAGACGUUAUUUAACCAUAAACAUAAAAGCAGUAACAUGAGCGACAACAUGUAUUGUUGGAUCAGUCACCAAUAAAAAAGGGCUGCAGUGCAGCCAGCAUAAACAUAUACAUUUUGUGCCUUUUAUCUACUUUACAAUAACAAUAAUCACAGUUUUUUUCUUCAUAAACAUAUCGUUAUUGCAAUGGCCAAACAGCUAGAUAUCAUGGAACUAUCUUAAUCUGUUCUAAAAAUAUUAUACAAUCUAGUAUCCACUAUCAAGGGAAAAACAUAAAAAAACUGUCCCUACUGUUUUUAAUAUUCCUUCUUGUCACCUUGUGUAAGGCUAACGUGCCCUCUAUAAUAACUGGAUCUUUUAAUGACUACCUCACUUUAGGCAUGAAAGUUUCAAUGACUGAAACCAACAGUACUAAGACAUGCUCAAGCCAUUGGAAAUUCAUUUACAGUUUAGCUGAUAAAGUGAAAAGAUUUCCAGGUUUGGUGAGGAGGGAAAUUUGGAAAGUUGGCAAAGAUGAUCCAAGAAGGAUACUCCAUUCUCUGAAAGUUGGUCUUGCUUUAGCACUAGUAUCUUUGCUGUAUCUAAUGGAACCUUUGUUCAAAGGGAUAGGAUCAAAUGCUAUGUGGGCUGUCAUGACUGUGGUUGUGGUCAUGGAGUUCACUGUAGGAGGGACUUUAAGCAAAGGACUAAACAGAGGAUUGGGAACUUCGUUAGCAGGAUUGUUGGCAUUUUUUAUUGAGUAUCUUGCAGAUAACCCUGAUCAGAUUUUUCGAGCAAUUUUCAUUGGUGCUGCGGUUUUUCUUUUAGGAGCUGCAGCUACAUUUGUCAGAUUCAUUCCCUAUAUCAAGAAGAAUUAUGACUAUGGUGUUAUGGUAUUUCUCUUGACCUUUAAUUUGAUAAUUGUAUCGAGUUACCGUGUUGAUAAUGUCUUGAAGAUGGCAAAAGAUCGCAUCUCAACUAUAUGCAUCGGCGUUGGUCUUUGUCUUGUUAUGAGUCUAUUUGUAUUUCCGAAUUGGUCAGGGGAAGACCUUCAUAAAUCCACCAUAUCAAAACUUGAAGGCUUAGCCAACUCUGUAGAAGCUACUGUUGUGGAAUAUUUUUCUGAUUCUAAAAAACAAGCAAAUGAAGAUGAUUCAUCAGAGGAUCCCAUUUACAAGUGCUAUGAGGCCGUUUUAGAUUCUAAAGCUAGGGAUGAAACACUGGCAUUGCAAGCAAGUUGGGAGCCAAGAUACUCAAAAUGCUGCCAGAGAAUCCCAUGGCAGCAAUAUGCAAAAGUAGGAGCUUCUCUUCGCCAUUUUAGUUACACUGUUGUAGCACUACAUGGAUGUUUGCAGUCAGAAAUUCAGACACCAAGGUCAAUCCGUGAUCUAUACAAAGAUUCUUGCAUCAGACUUGCACAAGAAGUAUCAAAAGUGCUAAGGGUAAUGGCCAACAGCAUAAGGAAAAAACACCAGUUUUCCCUUCAAAUACUCUCAAACAAUCUCAAUGAAGUUUUACAAGACCUUGACAAUGCAUUGAAAUCGCAACCACAACUUUUACUAGGCUCAAGGAAUAGUCGAAGUCGAACCCCCAAAAUAUCAACUAAGGCAACUGCACAUAAUGACAACAGGCUUGAAGAAGAAACAAGACUCUCAUUAUCAAGUAUUAAAAGUGAUUGUUGUUCCCCAGUUGGAAGUAAAUCUAAAGAGCACUCCCGAGAACAAAUAAAAGAAGGACAACGACAGAAGAAGGUUUUGAGGCCACAACUUAGUAAAAUUAUCAUCACUAGCCUUGAGUUCUCAGAAGCACUGCCCUUUGCUGCUUUCACUUCUAUGCUAGUGGAGAUGGUGGCAAAACUAGAUCAUGUUAUGGAUAAAGUUGAAGAAUUGGGAAGAAUGUCACACUUUAGAGAGUUCAGAGAUGGUGAUGAUGAUGAGAAUAUUGUUGUCACUUGUGAGAGACCGAAAAUGAAUAUAGUUGAUAAUGACUUGCCUUCUUAUGGAGCAGAAUAAUUGUUGCUAGAUGUCUAUCAUCCCAUUAGCAAAGUUAUAUUUUAUGCCUUCUACAUAGGGCAGAAUAAGGCAUGUACUGUAUCCCGGCAAGUAAUUUUUGCGUACAUUAUAGCCCUUAAGUCUUAGUUUUGAGAUCUGAGUCCUAAUUAUCCAAUGCUAAAGGGAUCCAAAGAACUAGCUAGUAAAUAUUCUGAACAUGAAAACUCUGACACAACAACUACCUUUAUUUGUUAAUUUUGAAAC